GCGAGAGUUGGCCGCGCGUCCGCCGGUGGGGGCCGGAACGAUGGCGAGCCCGGGAACUGAGGCGGAGCGCGAGCCCCUCUUAGGCCACCUCACGCCCGGAAGCAGGGAAUGGGAUGCUAUAGAAACCGAAGAACAUUAUAAGAGCCGGUGGAGAUCUAUUAGGGUUUUAUAUCUUACUAUGUUUCUCAGCAGUAUAGGGUUUUCUAUUGUGAUAAUGUCAAUAUGGCCAUACCUCCAAAAGAUUGAUCAGACAGCUGAUGCAAGUUUUUUGGGCUGGGUUAUUGCUUCAUUUAGUCUUGGCCAAAUGGUAGCUUCACCUAUAUUUGGUUUAUGGUCUAAUUAUAGGCCAAGAAAAGAACCUCUUAUUGUUUCCAUCUUUAUAUCGGUGGCAGCCAAUUGCCUGUAUGCCUAUGUCCAUGUCCCAGCUGCCCAUAAUAAAUACUACAUGUUGAUUGCUCGUGCACUGGUGGGAUUCGGAGCAGGAAAUGUAGCAGUUGUUCGAUCCUAUAUUGCUGGUGCAACUUCUCUUCAGGAAAGAACAGGUUCCAUGGCAAACACAAGUACAUGCCAAGCACUAGGCUUCAUUCUGGGGCCAGUUUUUCAGACUUGUUUUGUACUCAUUGGAGAAAAAGGUGUGACAUGGGAUGCCAUUAAGCUGCAGAUAAACAUGUACACAGCACCUGUUUUACUUGGUGCCUUCCUGGGAAUUUUAAAUAUUAUUCUGAUCAUUACUGUUUUAAGAGAACAUCGUGUGAAUGAUUCAGGACAACAGUGUAAGAAUACUAAUUUUGUGGAAGCAAGUACAGAUGAAGCUCACAUUCUCCAAGGAAAUAUUGACCAAGUUGCAGUCGUGGCCACCAAUGCCCUAUUUUUUGUGGUUCUAUUUAUUUUUGCCCUUUUUGAAACGAUACUGGCUCCAUUGACCACAGAUAUGUAUGGCUGGACUCAAGAACAGGCUGUGCUUUAUGGUGGAAUAAUACUUGCUUCUCUUGGAGUUGAAGCAGUUAUUAUUUUCAUGGGAGUUAAAUUACUUUCCAAAAUGAUUGGCGAGCGUGCUGUUCUACUGGGAGGACUCACAGUUGUAUGGGCUGGCUUCUUUAUCUUGUUACCUUGGGGAAGUCAAUUUCCUAAAAUACAAUGGGAAGAUUUACAUAAUAAUUCAGUUCCUAAUACUACCUUGGGGGAAAUGAUUAUUGGUCUUUGGAAAUUUCCCAGCGAGCAUCACAAUGAGCUGCCAACUGGCUGCCCGAUAGAACAGGCCUGGUGCCUGUAUACCCCAGUGAUCCAUCUGGCCCAGCUCCUCACCGCAGCUGUGCUAAUUGGCAUAGGCUAUCCAGCCUGCAAUGUCAUGUCAUACACACUGUAUUCAAAAAUUAUAGGACCGAGACCUCAGGGCUUGUACAUGGGCUGGCUAACGGCUUCUGGAAGUGGAGCACGGAUUCUUGGGCCUGUGUUCAUCAGCCAUGUGUAUACUUACCUGGGACCACGAUGGGCAUUCAGCCUUGUGUGCGGAAUAGUGGUCCUUACCAUCAUACUCCUGGGAGUGGUAUACAAAAGACUUAUUGCCUUUUCUGUGAGGCACGGGGGGAUUCAAGAGUAAGCCAAGAAAGAGAGGGAAAGCACUUGUGUGGCAUGUCCUAGUGAAGUGUUGCUGU